UUGCUCGUCAUUUCAAGUGUGUGCAGACAUAUUUUUUUACUUUUUUUCCAGUGCAUUUCACAUCUCAAAUUCAUAUUUUUAGACAUGGCAAGUUUGCCGAGUAGUUCCGGCGUAUUUGGAAGAUUAUUAUCGAAUAUCAUUGCACCUUUCAACGUAUCGCGAUGUUAUGCUUCUGGAAGAUGGUGGCCACAACCAGCGUAAGUAUUUGUUAAAAAUAAUAAAGUGUACUCUGAUGAGAUGCGACGAAUCUGAUUUGAAGAAUUUAUGUAAUUCAAUUUUUUAAAACACUAAUCUCGAAAAAUUCUUCAUUUCAGAUUUCGUCGAUUCUCGUCGGAUCUUCCAAACACUAACAUUGUGAAAACUGAAAAACUUGGAAUUGAACUAUCUAAAACAUCUGCCUCUCCAACUUAUUAUACACCAAAAUCACCACAUAAUGAUGGUUAUGAAUUAGUUGAACACAAAAACGGUGAAAUGAUCGCAAACUAUACACUUUUCGAAGCGUCAAUAAAUAAAGCAAAAGUUCCAUGGAUUAAUUAUGACAAUUUGACAAGCGAAGAAAGAACAAUUCAUAUGGCGCAUAUGAAAGCGAUAAAUGAUAGAAAAUUAACUUAUAUUGAUCCAACUACAAAAUAUACCGUUUUCACAAUUUCACAUCAUUUGAAAAAAGGAAAAUGUUGUGGAAAUGGUUGUAGACAUUGCGCUUAUAAUAUGGAAAAUGCGAAAGAAGAAGUUAGAUCGAAAAAAGUUUGGAAUGGCGCAUUUUAUAUUUAA